AUGGACGAAGCAUGUUCCAAGAUGACUUCCAUCGCCACAGCGAAGAUAUCCAAAGGGUUAUUCUGCAGAGUGGCGGUAGCCUUGGUGCUCUUGAUUCUUCUACUAGGGACCCUAGCAGGAUGGAUGAUUCCAACCAAAGUCCCGUCCGUCGUUGGACGCCUUUCGUAUGGCAGAGAGCUUCUCGCCAGAUAUCCGACGCAGAACUUCACGAUGCCCGUUGACCAUUUUCACAACAUAUCCCGCUACGAACCCCAUACGAAUGCCACUUUCCAACAGCAUUACUGGCUCGAUAUCAGUAAUUACGUUCCUGGAGGCCCAGUGAUCAUCCAUGCCAUGGGUGAAGACAAUCCCAACUAUGACCUCGAAUGGCUCCAGAAGGGAAUCCUCCAUGAUAUAGCCAACGCCACCGGUGGUGUCGCCGUUCUCUGGGGCCAAAGAUACUAUCCUGGCGGCUAUGACAUCGUCCCGGACCACCGAUGGACCAGAGACAACCUUCGCUUCCACAGCACUGAACAGGCCCUAGCAGAUCUCGCGUACUUCGCUCAGCGAGCUACGUUCCCGGGCUUAGAAGAUAGAGAUCUUACGGCGCCAGGCACUCCUUGGAUCAUCCUCGGUGGCUCGUACGGCGGCGUGAUUUCCGCAUUUACUCGAAUCCAGUAUCCGGGCCUCUUCUGGGGUGGACUGUCGUCCUCUGGAGUCACGACCGGGAUACUCGACCACUGGCGGUUUUUCGACAUUAUACGACGUCACGCUCCGCCGGAAUGCGUCCAAGCUCAACAACAGGUGACCAACCUGAUGGACAAUGUCUACGAAAGCGGUAACGAGACAGCCCUGUCCCGACUCAAGGCUGCCUUCAACGUCUCGCAGUCCUCGACAUAUCCUGACCUCGCAUUUCUUCUGACCAGUCCGUUUUCGGCCUGGAAUCAGGCGUGGCAUCGAGAGCCAUUUCCUUUCACCGGUCCGGGCUCUUACUGUGACCUGCUCACGUCCGAAACCUCGCAAUACCCCACAACCGAGACCCUCCGAACAACCGCGCGCGCGCUUCUCACUUAUGCCAACAAGACCGCCACUCCCGACCCCACGACGCUGUACUACCCGUUGCUGAACCUCUUCUCGCACGCGCGACACAGCUUCACCUUCUGCGCCGGGCGCGCCGUGCACGAGUGUCUCUCGCUGGCCCGCCCCGCGCCCUUUGGCUGGCUCGGCUGCACCGAAGGCGGCGGCUUCGCGACCGGCUACACGUCCGGCACCGCGGGCCAUCCGCACGCCCUGCCCCUGGUCUCCCACACGCUGUCGCCGGCGUACUUCCUCGACCGGUGCCGCCGGACGUACAACACCACCGAAGACGAGCCGCGGCUGGACCGGCUGAACCGCUACGGCGGGGUCAACCUGUCGUACCCGCGCCUGGCCCUCUCGACGGGCGAGCUGGACUUCUACCGCGGCCUGGGCCCGCUGGCGGAGUUUUUGGAGAACGGAGACCCGAACCCCAGGCUGCUCGUCGGGGGUAGUGACAAGCAAAGUCACGACGACAACAACGACAACAGCGAUGAUGGUUCGUCCUCGUCCUUGUCCGGCGACGCAGCGCCAGAGAUCGUCAUCGAGGGAGGCUUCCACGAGUGGGAUUUCCCCGGCCUGUUCCCCAACGAGACGGACAUUGCGAUGCCCCAAGCGGUGAAACGGGCCAAGGCCAGGGAAGUCGAGGCCGUCAUGGCGUGGUUGAGAGAGUGGAAUGCCACGCGUGGAAUGUAGAUUUGGGUGUGGGUCGACGGGUUCGUUGCGCUCGAUUUUUUUGGUAUUUCCACAUAGGAAUUUUGGCCAGCUGCUAGGGAAAAAAGAAACACUGGAAGCUGUGUAUAUAUGGCUUAUAUAUGGUGGCAUGAGAACAUACAGUACGUCUCUCGGCCUCGACAUAUCAUAUCAUGGAGAUCGACCUUUACUCUAUCCAUGAUCCAGACGGAGAAUGUACCUAGGUAUUCAACGAAUUGCCAAUUUGUAUAUGUAUGUCCAG